UCUUCCAUAUCCCCUCCCUUCCCCUAUCCCCUCCUUCCUUCCCCCAAUCUUGGAGCCCCAAUGCCAGCGCCUAGCCGGGGCUGCUGCUGGCCGCUCCUGACUAUGCCGAGGCUGAGGCGGCGGGGGGCGCUGCGGGAGCCAGCGGGCUGCUGCUACUGCCUGGUGGCGGCGCUGGCCCUGCUACUGCUGCUGCUGCCUGCUGGCUGCCCGGUGAGAGCACAGAACGACACGGAGCCCAUAGUCCUGGAGGGCAAGUGCUUGGUGGUGUGCGACUCCAGCCCGUCCGCGGACGGCGCAGUCACCUCCUCCCUGGGGAUCUCUGUGCGCUCCGGCAGCGCCAAGGUGGCUUUCUCUGCUAUUCGAAGCACCAACCAUGAACCAUCCGAAAUGAGCAACCGCACCAUGACCAUCUAUUUCGACCAGGUAUUAGUAAAUAUUGGCAACCAUUUCGAUCUUGCUUCCAGCAUAUUUGUAGCACCAAGGAAAGGGAUUUAUAGUUUCAGUUUCCAUGUGGUCAAAGUCUAUAACAGACAAACUAUCCAGGUAAGUUUAAUGCAAAACGGCUACCCAGUGAUUUCAGCAUUUGCAGGAGACCAGGAUGUUACCAGAGAAGCUGCUAGCAAUGGUGUGUUGCUGCACAUGGAAAGAGAAGACAAAGUACACCUCAAAUUGGAAAGGGGUAACCUCAUGGGUGGAUGGAAAUAUUCGACCUUUUCUGGCUUCUUGGUCUUUCCUCUCUAAAUGCAGGCACCUUGGGGUGGAGCCCAAGGUGUGGUCUGGACCCAGAAAUUCAUCACUUACUAUCCUGAACUUGCCAAAACGUGAAAGUUGUUAUCAACCAUCCAGAAACUAUGGCAGUAGAAGAAUGAUCUCCAAAAAUUUCAAUAUUUACUUUGAAUAAUGACAAUUCCUCUGGAACCUGCUCCUCUCAUUAGUUUUAGAAGACAGUGGUUUUAGGAGAAAUGAAAUUAUUGGCCUGGAAAAUUUGUACCUGUGAUUGUAAUUUCAGAUUUUAUUGUUGGGUUCAUUGAGCCUUUUUUCUGUUUGUUCACUUUGUUGUUAUCCUGAUGAGACAAGAAACUCAGACCUCAAGAUUUGCUGAAGGACUCACAAAAAGGGGCAGAAGAUACUACUACCUGGGGAAGGGUUCUUGCAAUGCAUUCUUUUUGUGUUUGUAUAGCCUUAAAAAAAAGAAUGGCUUAUGUCUAAGUCCUGCAUUUUUUUUUUUCUGGUUGGGUGGGAGGGGUGGGAGUAGGAUGGGAUAUUAUGGACGUUACUGUGUCAAGAAGUGCUUUAUCCAGAGAAGCAAAUUUUGCACGAUUGGAAUAACCAAUUUUGUUUUGUGUUGUUCGUAUUUUUACUCAAUAUUUUUGUCUAUUUCCUGUUUUUCUUAAUUUAUUUUAUUUUGGUGCUGAAAAAUAUGUAAGCUAGAUUGAUCAAUAAGACAAAAAAGCAUAUAUUGUGAAUCAGAGUAAUGAGAACCGAUGGACAAUUCUGUCUGUUUUUUCAAAAUGAUCUUCACAGAUGCAUUUAAGAACAAAGGUCCUGGACCUUUGUUUUACAGUCUGGAAUCAUUCAGGGACUUGAAGUUUCUGAUUUGGUCUGAUUUUUCUAGAAGCAAAAAGCUGUGAUGAUGUGAUUUGAUCAUGUCCUAAAUUACAUCAUUUCUUUGCAUUACCAAGUGAAUCCUUGGUCUCCUCAGCAAUUCGUUUUAAUGAUUUUGGUUCACCUGUGGUUGUACACAUACUGAAGCACCACGUUAAAGUCAACAGAACCAGUUUCUUCUCUUUUUCAAUCUAGAUAAAAUGAAUCUGACCUGCCAUAUCAGGGUGCAUUUUGAUAAUGGACUGAAUAUCCAGUUGGCCCCAUGCUUGAUCUAAAAAGGCAAUGUGAGCAAGAACAAUUUUGAUUUUAUCCUCACCUCAGCUUUGCCCCUAUUUAUAUGGGAGGCCAUCUGGGAACUGGAUUAAUGCAGUCUCUUAUAUUUGAGGGAAGAGUCGUUGAUCUCAAACCUGUUAAAAAUUGAAACCUCAGGCUGAAUGCCAAUUUGUCCACUGUAUGACAUUGUAACCAAAAUGUUGAAGAUACUUUAAGAUUCAAAAUAAAUCGAUUUGAUGUCUGGCUUGCUUCUCCCCCUGCUACUACUACAUCUGUGUAAGGUUCAAGGAUGAAGGACUUUGGAAGUGUUUUGGGAAUUUGGAGGAGCUGUUCCACGUUAUGCCCAGCAAAUUGUUUGAUGACUUCAUGUGGCUAUUUUAUAUAUGUAUGUGUGUAAAUAGAUAUACAUACACACAUUCAUACAUGCAUAUAUAUGUAUAUAUGUAUGUACAUAUGUGUAUAUAUGUACAUAUAUAAUCUGCUUAGAUCUACUGCUGGAUCUGGAUAUAUAUAUACAUUUGAAAGCAUACAUAUAUGCAUAAAUAUAUUCAUGUUUCAUAUGAAUAAGAAAAAAACUGUCAGUGUAAAGAUGUUUUGUUGAUGGACAAUGUACUUUCCUAAUAAAUUUAACUUAGAGUUGAGAAUAAAUUUUAAAAAGAAAGCGAAUUUGAAUACAGAAUCAGGUGUUUCCAACAAUAAUGGAAUGAUCAUGGGCUCAAUCUAAAAUAGUAAGUAUAGAGGGGAGGAGAAAUAUUUCUCAGUGAAUCUAAUGCGGCCUCUAGUAUUUCUUUGUGAAUGCCCCUGGGAUUUCUGUGAGGAAAUACUCUGAUUGGAAUUAAGCUAGACUUGAAAUGACUGCUACCCAGUAGAUAGAGUUUGAUCCACUAAAAAUAGCAACCAAUACUCAUCAGAGAAAUAAUUUUCAUGGACAUUUUAAUCUUCCUUUACAGUAUACUAAAUUUUUAGAUUACCUAAAUUAAUAAAUGAAAAAGCAUUAUAUAAUGAAUGUAGAAAAUGCAACUAGGCACAAGAAGUUGAUUUCUAUUUCCUAUUUCACAACCAUUUAUAUAUUCUUCCCCUUUUGUCUGCAUUGCUUGAGGCCAGACAGUCUCAGCAAAAGACAAUGCAAAAUAACAGUCCAUUUUUAUUGGCCAAUUAAAAACUAUUAGAUUGUUUAACAAAAUAUAGAAUAAUUAUUAAUAUUUUUAUUAAUCUUGAAUUAGAAAACAUUCAAAUUCCAUAAUUAUUCAUCUUCCUCAUCUGAAACUCUUUUACUUAAGAUGGAAUCCAGAAACAAGAUUAGGAAGAAACUGUGUAAAAAAAGUGUCUGACAACCAUUGCAACUCCCUGACAAGAAAUUCUGUUUCAUCAUUAUUUCUUUCCAUUUGGUUGGAUAAUGUGAUCUUUUUUUUGAUGAAAUUUCUAUAAGUAAACUACAAAAAAAUCUCAAGUAGUAUUUUGUGGCAAGACAAUGUCCGGAAAUGUGUGCUGUAACAAAUAAUAUAUAUGAUAAUGCACAUUUCUAAAUAACAGAACAGUCAUUAGUUUCCAUGAUUUACAUUCUUUUGGUAGAGUAAAAUGUAUUUUUUUAUUGUGGAAAAGGUGUAAUAAUAUGUCUCUUAUAAAUUCCAAAAUUGAUUAUAUGUAUAAAAAAAAGAUCAUUGAAUAUCAAAGCAAUAUUCCAGUUUUCUGGAUGUCAUAUUUAGUCUUUCAUCCUCUUAAUUUUGUUCAUGUAUUCUUAUAUUUUUAGGAAUCAAAAUGAUUAGCAUGUUACAUCCGAAGUAGCCACUUCAUUAUCAUUUUAUCACAUAUUUUUGUGUUUGUUUAGCACUCGCACUACCAAAAAAAAAAAAAAAAA